AUGACAGGUAUUUAUUAUGUCUGUUUUCCUUCCUCUGAUCAGGACCUGCAGUCCCCAGCUUGGCUUUAACCUUUUGGCUAAGUGAAGAGAAGCAGGUUUUUGACCAGAAGCAGCCUAACACUGAGGCAGUAGAGAGACUGCUCACAAGCAGGUGACAGGACCAUGGGUGACACGCAGAAGGGCAGCCUUCAUCAGGAGCUUCAUCAAGAAAGUUCAAUGAGAGCUGAACUCCAUCUCUUCCCCUCCAGGAAGCUCACAGGAGAUUCCCUCCAGGAGGCUGAUCAAAGACAGGACAACAAGCAGGAGCUGGAAAUAAAAAGUGAGAUGGAGACAUGUUUUCCAAAGAGACAGGGAGAGGUACAUCCUUAUGGGAUGGAAGUCUGGGAGUGCAAGGAGAGUGGAAGAGCCCACAUCAGCAAGGCUGUCCUUGCUGGUGACGAGCCAGACCUGCCCAUGUGUGGGAACGGUGCUGUUUGGAUUCAGCAGGUGGGGGAGAAAACCUACAGGUGUCCUGAGUGUGGGAAGAGCUUCAGCCGGAGCUCAUACCUGAGCCAGCACCAGAGGAUCCACCUGGCAGAGAAACCCUUUGGCUGCUCCGAAUGCGGGAAGAGUUUCACCCGCAAUUCAGACCUGAUCAAACACCAGCGGAUCCACACGGGGGAGAAGCCUUACCAGUGCAGCGAGUGCCAGAAAACCUUCAGCCAGAGGUCUAAUGUGAUCAGGCACCAGCGCACCCACACGGGAGAGAGACACUACCUGUGCAACGAGUGUGGGAAGAGCUUCAGCCAGAACUCGCAUCUCAUUGUCCACCAGCGAAGCCACAAGGGUGAGAAACCCUUUAAUUGCCCGCGGUGUGAGAAAAGCUUCAGCGACCGCUCCUCCCUCAUCAUCCAUCGGAGGGUCCACACCGGAGAGAAGCCCCACAAGUGCCAGGAGUGUGGGAAGCGUUUCCGGGACAGCUCAGCCAUCAUUCGGCAUCAGAGGAUUCACACGGGAGAGAAACCCUACAAGUGCACGGAGUGUGGCAAGACCUUCCGGCAGAGCUCCUCGCUGGUGACCCACAUGCGGACACACACGGGUGAGAGGCCCUACAAGUGCCCCGUGUGCGGGAAGGGCUUCAGCCAGAGCUCAGCACUCAGCACUCACCGCCGGGUCCAUGGGGGAAAGGCCUUGCCCGUGUGCCUCCUGCCCAGCCCCUUCCAGUGCACGGAGUGUGGCCGCAGGUGCAGCGACCGCUCGGCUCUGUGCCAGCACCGGAGCCUGCACGCCGAGGAGCGGCCCCACAUGUGCGGCGAGUGCGGGGACAGCUUCCGCCGCAGCUCGGCUCUCAGCGUGCACCUGAGGAUCCACCGUGGCCACAGACCCUACAGGUGUGAGGAGUGCGGGAAAACCUUCCGGCACAGCUCGGCCCUCCGUGCCCACCUGAGGAUCCACGCGGGAACCAAGCCCUACAAGUGUGUCGAGUGCGGGAAAACCUUCCGGAAAAGUUCAACGCUUAAAGUGCAUUUGAAAAUCCACGUGGCCAAGAAACCUCAUAAAUGUCUGGUGGGUAGAAGAAUCCUCACCUCCCGCUCACUUCUGCCAUAAGCCUGGAGUGGAUGUUCAGAACAGGAAUAUAAAGUAGUUUUUGGAGGUACCUGAAUGCAUGGUGAGAACCAUGGUGGGAAGAGAUUGACUGGAGAUGUGGUAUAUCUGGUGUUAAGGCUGGGUGCUUAACCCCAGAAGCACAAAAAACUUCAGGAGAUUUGGAAACAGGGAGCUAGUCCCAAGAGUUGAGUGCUGGGGGUUUAGGAAGAGUGCCAAGAGCCUGAGGAAUGAGCACCAGCUUCAGGGUAAGUGAGUACUGUGAAUAUAUGCUAGAAUAAUAACUGGGAGAAUUGUAAAAUACAGCUAACGUGAAAGUCAAAAUAAAUUGUUCCAGGUUGGUUCUGACUCAAAACUUUGGCUUGUUAGAUGCUAUAAUAGACUUAGGAACUCUUCUUUCUAUUACCUUCCCUUAUUUUUCAUGACUGUAGUAAGUUUACAUAGUGUUUGACAAGGCAUUUCUAGAUCUUUUCAGAGUGAGACUUUGGAGCUGAACUUCAAUCUGUCUUUUUUCCAAAUCUUACAUGGGACAAAGAAUUCCUACCUCAUGAUAGCUAGGUAACACAAAACUCUAAUGGCUGUUCCCAGAAAACCUGGAUGCAGAAGCGCUUCCAGUUGAAAGGCAGUCUAUAGGUUCUCCCAGAUUUGUGGUUGCUGAUUUGAAACUCCUUCCAACUUGGGACAUCAACAAAACGUGGAUAAAAAUGUGGCUUUAUAUUAUUUAACCCAAAAAGAAAGGAUUUGCCCCCAGAUGUCCUAGUCUGAACCGGUACACGGUGAGUUCUCGCUACUGGUCCAGAGACUGAUUGCAAUUGUCUCGUUCUUUUUAUGGCACUCUUCUUUAGCUCGCUGUUGUUUCCAGAGUAUUAACAUAAACAGUUCGGCAUUUAAGGACUGCGUAUUACAUAAACCUCUUUUAUACUGCAAUGUUUUAUUACACUGCGUUUCCAUCCUAAAUAAAACCUUUUCGUU